AUUUACCAACACUAGCCUACAUUUCGUUCCUUUUUCCGUCCGUACCUUUGUUCCGGAAGCUUGCUUAGUUGUAAGGGUCCUGGAAGUGGAACUUGGAGGCUCCCAAAGCUCCCAUGACGGUAUCGUAGAUACCGAAUUGUCCAGCCGUCAGCGAACCAAUCAUUACGCAACGAGGGAGAAGACCGACAAGGCAGAGGUUUCUGAAUCCAACUUCCUUGGCGAUGUUUCCAAGACGCUGCAACAAUGGUCCGUCACCACCGGCACCCGCUUUGUUGACCUUCGAAAGGAGCGUAUCGGCAGGGUGAGAGAUGAUGGCGGCACUAACUCCGGCAAUAACACCACUCGCCAAGGAGAUUCCGAGGUUGGUGGUUGAAGAGAGCUCGGCAGGAGUUUUACCCAUGGACUUGUACAUAGAAUCAGCAGCAGUACCCUGGACUACGAAUUUAGCACAGGUGUAAGGAAUUUGCUUGGCCAAAAUGGGGAGGAAACCGCUGUAGAACCCACCGAUUCCCUCGGUCUUGAACAUUUUGACGAAUCCAUCACCAAGGCCGUUGGCGAAGGAUGGAUCGGAGACCUGACGAAUACGAACGGCCUCAAGAGGGCAAAGGAAGACAUCUGCAACGAACUCGGCGGCGGCGGCAGCGCCGAUGUAAAUCAUACCCUUGUUGGCCCAGGCCUUCUCUUCUCCCAAGGCUUGGACGGCUUGGAUCUUGAUGUAAUUAACUCCACCGAAUUUGAACCAUCCCUGAACAAAGUAACCAAAGGCUGUAGCACCGAGUCCGGUGGCCAAGGCUCCGGCUCCCUCUUCGGCAACGACCGUGCGAAAGCCACCGAUCAAACCUUUGUACUAUUUUGUCAACGAUGGCAAACAAACAACGCAUUGGUCAUUGGAAUUUUUACGAACAGGUUUCAGUUUCGGAAUUCCGGGUCGAUARUUAUUCGUGUUAGCAGAGGUUUAUCAAUUCGUGCAUUCGAAUCGAUUGAAAAUGGAAGAGAAACAGGCGUUAGGGAAAUCAUGGACAAAGAAAUUCGCUUGGUUGACCAAAGCGUGGAAGACGUCCUCAGCCGCUCCAAGCCCUGACGAAACGUUGAAGCUCCACCGCAGAAAUUUUGGAGUACAAUGCAGAAUUCAAGCUGCUAAGAAUUGAAUGACUUACCUUGGCAGGAUCGAGCUGGACACGGGUCUUAACGACAUCGACAGGGGUCAAAGCGGCGUGGGUGAUGGAGCAGCAAAUACCCCCGGACAAAGCACCCUUGAGGUAGAACAUGGGGGUGUACUUUGAGAAAUCAUAUUUCGAAGGAGCCAAAAGAACGGAACCAGUAGCAGCAGACGACAUUUUGGAUUGUUGUUUGGAAGCUGAGUGUUAAUUGGUAGGGUUAGUGUU